AAGAUGGAGAUUGCAACUAAAGAUCCUCUAAACCCAAUUAAACAAGAUGUGAAGAAAGGAAAGCUACGUUACGUUGCAAAUGUAUUUCCCCAUAAGGGCUACAUCUGGAAUUAUGGUGCUAUUCCACAGACAUGGGAAGAUCCAAUGCAUAAAGAUGAAAAUACCAGCUGUUGUGGUGAUAAUGAUCCAAUCGAUGUUUGUGAAAUUGGGAACAAGGUGUGCAGUAGAGGAGAAGUAAUUCAAGUGAAAAUUCUGGGUAUGCUGGCUUUGAUUGAUGAGGGUGAAACUGACUGGAAGGUUAUUGCAAUCAAUAUUAAAGACCCUGAUGCUGCUAAUUUGAAUAAUAUUGAUGAUGUCAGGAGAAUUAAGCCUGGAUACCUGGAAGCAACUGUGGACUGGUUUAGAAGAUACAAAGUACCUGAUGGGAAGCCAGAAAACCAGUUUGCAUUCAAUGGAGAAUUUAAAGAUAGGGACUUUGCAAUUGAUAUUAUUAAAAGCACCCAUAACUACUGGAAGGCUCUAGUAAUUAAAAAAACAGGCACAGGAGAUAUUUCUUGCACAAAUACAACUUUGACAGAUAGUCCUUUCCAUUGCAGUCAAAAGUCUGCUUCAGCCACUGUGUCCAUGCUACCUCCUCCUGGGACCUGUAAUCCACUACCAACUGAAGUGGACAGGUGGUUCUUUUGCAAGUGA